AUGACCGAAGUAUGCGGCGAGGAGACGCUGGUGCCAAGUUAUCCGGUUUCACCAAGGCCACGGCGACAGCCCAUGGCGUCGCUUUCAACCAACCAGCGAUCGUAUUCGCGGAUGAGUUCGAAGGGAAUCUUUGGCGAUGAGUCUCCGCUCCUGCUUUCACCGCUUCCAAAGUACCCAAACCGUCGUCGAAGUGUCACAUUUGCCGACGAGACAGAGGCGACAGUGAGGGAGGAGCGGCCGUACUACACAGCUUGUGAAACGGGCAACACGCCAGGUAAGCAUCUGUCGGAAAGUCCUUUUAGGCGGCCCAUUAUAAAAACAACGUCAAGAACAAAUAACGCUACCGAUGCAGUUGUUGCUGUUAACAUGAACCGGCACAAUGACACCACAUCGCAUGCACCGGUAGCACCCGCAACUUCCCCGACAAUCAAACGGGGACGUUCCAGCAGUCGACAGCGUCGGGCUGCACGUCGGCAUCAGGCUGAGUUAUAUCAUGGCUUCUACGAUGACAGCAUUGUGGAGGAUUAUGUUCUCAAGGCAAAGAAGGAGAUUGAGGGAGAAGAAGAAGAGAAAAUUGUGGAGGAAAAUUUAAAACAACAGGAAAAGGAGCUUGCAGAGGCUGAAAUGAGGGCAGCCCAAGCAACAGUCAAAAUCAGUGCGUUGCAACAAGCCAAAGAGUAUCUUCUUGCCACGGCGAAUGCCCGAUGUUUCUCUCCCGCGUGCUCGAGCUCUGAACGCCGGGAUAGUGGCUUUGCUUCUUCGCGAUCGUGCCACCACUCCUUGAAGAAGGAACCCAGCCUAAUUCAGCAAGCGGACGGAGAAGUAGAAGAAGUAGGGGAUAUUGAACAGCAGCGUCGUCAUCCACCACAAAAACCUGUCAAGCAUUCCAUGCCAUUAGUUACGCAGAUGGAUGAUAUGGAUGAGAAGGGCUCAGGCAAGCGUAUUCGACAAGUUUCAUUGAAAAAGGGAGGUCAUUCAUUACCCAUUCGACACGACGGCCAGAUCCACACGGAAGAUGAUGAUGAUGACAACGAGGAUAAUAAUAUGAGUAAGCGGAAGAAGACAAAACUAGAGCGCAUCAUUGCUCGUGCGAUCGAGCAACAAGCAAAGCGUCGUCACGGAAAACGCAGUGUGGUGGUCAUCGACUGGGACUGCGAUAGCUGUGGCGAGUUGCUGGCGAGCGACGCUGAUGUGGAGGAAGAGGAGACCGAUAAUGAUGAUGAAGAGGUGGCGAUGACAAGAGCGGCAGCGCGGAGCUGUAAGGAACCAAUGUCGAAAAACCCCAGCAAUGCUGCUUCCGCUUCCGCUACUGCAGCGUCCGCAGCCUCAACGGCAUCGAGACAAAAGAAACAAUCCACUACUCGCCAUGUGUCGGUGCGUGCUCCUUCACGAAAGAGGGGCGCUAACAGCGCAAGCGUCGCGCCGGAUUUGGGGGCGGACUCACUUCUUCUCGAGGAGGACCAGCCGGUGUUGCUUCGCCGUCCUGCAACCAGGCGGCGUGCCCCCACACGGUCCAUCUCUUACAUGUCUCCUGAAGCGGAGGAUGAUUCCGUGCCUGAUCACGCGGUGGAUGUGUCACGCAAACCACCGCGACGGACUCCAGCCCCGAAGGCGGCAGGAAGGGGUAGCAAAGCACCUGCUCCCGCGACAGGAACGGCACUGUCACCGCAUCGUUUUCCCUCUUCGGUUCCUCCUUCAGUGGCUGUUGCGCAUGUUUCCCAGAGCUUUACAUCGGCCCGACACAAUUCGCAUGCAAACGUUGAACCGCUGGACGAUCCGCCUCUGCCGCCAGUCAAUUCACGCCGUCGAUGCCGCACUACUUCGGCGGCCUCGAGACCACCGGCAACGGUGACUUCGUCAGAUGACCCGAUGGCUGUUUUCUUCAGUGCAAGCUUCCCCAGUCCGUCCAAGUUUGAGGAAAUGAUGUUGGCUGCAGGUGGCCUUCAAGAAACACGAAAAGUGGGACGAGGGCAUCCGAGACAGCCGGCACUUCUUUUGCCCGACUCCAUUUUGCGCCGUCGUUGA